AUCCCCUGGUGGGAGUCUAUUGUUGUCGCAGGAAAAAAAUAGAAAAAGAAAAAGGGAGACAGAAAAAUGGCGGACCUCAGGAAAAUCUGCCCGGAGUCUUUGCCCUGCCGUGUCAACUAUUCGCGGAAAACGUCGCUACAUGGAAAGCUUUUCAUCCUCCUGUGUAUACUUGCAGUGGACUCCGGAGGGGCUACGACCCACUGGGUUGUCACAGAGGACGGAAAAAUUCAGCAGCAAGUGGACUCCCCUUUAAAUCUGAAACACCCGCACGAUGUUGUAAUCUUCAUGAGGCAAGAAACUCGCGUUAACUACCUCAAGAAGCUGGAGAAGCAGCUAGUGGCACAGAAGAUUCAUAUUGAGGAGAAUGAGGACCGAGAUACGGGUUUGGAGCAGAGGCAUUACAAGGAGGAUGCAGACUGUGUAAUGGCUAAGGUACCCCUGGGAGACCUGGAUCUGUAUGAUGGCACUUAUGUCUCAUUGGAAAGCAAAGACAUCAGACCUGAAGACUACAUUGAUUCCAGGUCUGCUCUACCCCCAGAUCUAGAGAAGCCAGACUGUGGGAAAGUGUUUGAACUACCUUAUAGUAUCCAUGCUUUCCAGCACCUCAGGGGUGUACAGGAGAGGGCAAACCUGACCUCCCCACUUCUUUCUAAGGAGGAUCCUAUUUUUAGUUCAUUGUCUCCUAAGCUGGGUCGGAGUGCUGACGAGGUGGGUCAUCGCAUCCAUCAAGGCUUACUGAGGAAUUCGUCGUCCUGGGUGCUGUACAACAUGGCGUCAUUUUAUUGGCGUAUGAAGAAUGAGCCUCAGAAGGCCGUGGACUGCGUUGUGCGCGCUCUGCAUUUCUCCCCAAGGCAGCACAAGGAUAUAGCCCUGGUUAACAUGGCCAACAUCCUACAUCGUGCCCAUUUUUCAGCCGAUGCUGCUAUCCUCGCCCACGCUGCCCUCGACCUUACCUCAGACCUCUUCACCAGUCACUACACUUUAGGCAACAUUUAUGCUAUGCUUGGGGAAUACAACCACUCGGUGCUUUGUUACGAGCAGGCACUGCAGGCCCAGCCAGGCUAUGAACAGGCCCUAAGGAGGAAGCAUGCUGUGUUGUGUCAGCAAAAACUGGAGCAACGCCUGGAAGCCCAGCACAGGUCCCUACAGCGGACACUGAAUGAGCUGAAGGAGUACCAAAAGCAGCAUGAUCACUACCUUCGCCAGCAGGAGGCGCUGGACAAACACAAGCUGCUGCAGGAAGAACAAAUCCUGCGCAACAUUAUCCAUGAAACCCAGAUGGCCAAAGAAGCCCAACUUGGGAACCAUCAGAUGUGUCGGCUGGGUCAGCAGCAGCACAGCCUCUACUGCCCGUUUGACCUGCCUGUGCGCUACCACCGGGGUGAUCUGUUUGAACAUGUUCAGUAUGUCCAAUUUGGAGAAGAGGUGUCAGUGGCAUCCAGUGUGGCACUUGUGUCAGAGCGCAACUCAAACCAGACGGAAGCCAGCCUCCAGCUCCACCCCACUGUGUCUGGGGGCCAGGAUCCCGCUGCCGCCCUCUGGGGCAGCCAUCAGGAUUACACAAAGGACUUGCAGAGGAUGUUGUGGCCUCAGAGGUCUGACUGUGCCCACGAGUAUCCAAGUGUCCCCCCAGCUCACCUGCUGCCAACCUACUACCUUUCACCUGAAUCACAGGGCAUCAGCCCAGUGGCAACUCUUCUUUAUGGGACCAGCAGUCUUUCUGGGACAGUAGGUCUGCCAGACUGUGGUCCUGUCCUCCAACCAUACCCAGCCCUUCUGCCUGCCUCACUAGAGUGGCCCCUGGAAGAAAAGGAGCUGCCAGAUUCUUUUGCCUCUGAGAUACUGCAGUUACGUAGUGGAGGAUGGACGCUGGACCAAAUUGGCCAUAGAAUUGCUCAAGCCAUGAAUCAAGCCACCAUACCCCGCUGGCAGGUCCACAAUGAGGCAGCUCUAUUUUGGCGAGCCAAAGGCAAUGGUAGCCGUGCCCUGCAGUGCCUGCGCCAAGCCUUGAGCUCAACUUCGCCUUCCCAUCGCCACCUUCCUCUCGCCAAUGCUGCAAACCUGCUGCUACACCACGGCCUAAGCACCCACGCACAAACACUGCUGGAGUAUGCAUUGGCACUUAAUGCGUCAGAGCCUCACACCCUGCUCAGCCUGGUGAGCGUACACUUGGCCCAGGGCAAUGUGACAGGUGCCCUGGCCCUGUUCCGCCACAUCCUGGUCACGGCCCUUUCCUCCUCUUCCUUCACGUCCUUUUCUGGCUGUGAGCAGUGCCGCAGCAGUCUACCUCUGCUGCGUUGUCUUCAGUUCUACCCCUCCCUUUACAAUCUCUCAAACCGACAGUCCUGCUCAAUUGAUCCGGAGGGCACUGCCUGCAUGGCUGAGGAGGACCUCGGCCUGCAGCUGGAAGACUGGGAGGGCAGUGAAGAGAAGCAGGACGCACCGGCCAUUUCUGCCAUGGAAGACACUCUGCUCUUUGAGAAGGUCAUCGUGGACAGUAACGGCUCAGAUGAGGCAGCCGGACAGCAGCAGGCUUCUCCUUCUGCAUCGGCAGCGGCAAAAAUGAGCACUUCUUUUGGAGAUGGAGGAGAAAAGGAGGAGGAGGACUGGCAGCUGAAGGAGGAUCUGAUGGGAGCCUUUGAGGGUGCACUGGAUGUCGGUGGGAAGCGAGGUGACCUGCGAGGUAUCCGGGUGCUAAAGAACGACCGCGUCAUGGGUGCUCGUCCUGGUAGUGGGCCCUGUUUUGGAAACUGUGAGGAUGAUGAGGGAGCAGAGUGGAUCACUUUCCAAGUAAAGCGGGUCAGAAAGGCUAAAGUGGAUGGGUCAGAAAGUGUUUCCACCUCUGAUGACAGCCAGAAUGGGGACUCACUGCCUGGGGGUCACUCUGUUUUGGAGAUCAGCGGUCCAACUAUCCCAUCGCCCGGUCCUUCAGGUCGUUGGAGAGACUACACAAGUCUUGGCUGGCCAGGGCCAGAGGAGUGCCAGCGGAUACGGAGGGUGGACCUCACUACUGUAGCUAGCACUUGGUUGGCUGUUUCUGCCAAGAACAUUGACAUCACAGAGCACAUAGACUUUGCCACUCCACUCCAGGAGCCAGCUGUUGAACCUUUAUGCAACGCCAACCUAGCUGCUAGUAUGCACACCCUCGACCACCUGGCAGGGGUAGCCAAUCGUGCCGCCAUCCAUUACACUGGGGAGAGCCAACUGCGUGAGGUCCUGCAGAAUCUCGGCAAAGAUAAGUUUUCCCCACAGUCCUUUGAGCAGGUGGGCACCCGCAUCGCUAAAGUCCUGGAGAAGAAUCAGACUUCCUGGGUUUUAUCCAGCAUGGCUGCACUAUACUGGAGAGUGAAAGGUCAAGGCAAGAGAGCCAUCGACUGUCUACGACAAGCACUCAACUACGCUCCCCAUCAUAUGAAGGAUGUGCCACUUAUCAGCCUGGCCAACAUCUUCCAGAACGCCCGGCUAUGGGAGGACGCGCUUACAGUGGCUCGCAUGGCAGUAGAAAUUGCUCCGCACUUCGUCGUGAACCACUUUACCCUUGCCAAUGUCUAUAUAGCAAUGGAGGAGUUUGAGAAAGCCAUGCGCUGGUACGAGUCUACUUUGAAGCUGCAGCCAGAGUUCGCUCCUGCCAAAGAUCGACUGAGAACCAUUCAGUGUUACCUGCUCACCAAGAGGGAACGUCGUCAGCCCUAAACCACUCAGCCAGUUUAAUCCCAGUAGUACCCACUGGCCAUGCACACAUCAGAUAAACACUCACACACAUACAUGCAGACAGAAUACACAUCAGAAGAUUGCAACAAACUUGCACAAAGUAAAAGUGUAAGAAAAAAUGGACUAAGUCAAACAUGAGGUGUCGAGCUUUAUAUUCGGCUGAAUCUGAGUCUUUGUUUGUUUUUGGGUUUUUUUUUUUUGGGGGGGGGGUGUUUUUAUUUUUAUUUAUUUUUUUUUUUUAAAAAAGGUCUAACCAAUACCAAGAAUUAAGUUUGAACUGUCAUACAGUAAAACUGUAGAUAAUCUUGGCCCACUACUUGCAGGAUUUUUGUGUUAUGUCUCAAAAUCAAAAGGCUCAGACUCAUUUUUGCAAAUCCAUUUUUGCAUGAUUUGCAAUAAAAGUUGGACAAAACGAAUGACCACAGAACCCACCUUAUUCUCUUACAUUAUUUUAUUUAAAUUGAAGAAAAGCUUAAACUGUCUUUCUUGAAGACAUUUUACUGCUGUUUAAUAUGAGGAAGUGGGAUCUAUAACAAAAACAAGUAUAUUGCUCUAUUACGCUGAAGGAUAAUGCGAUACUACCGCCUGAAAAUGGUACAUUUUAAUCUAAAGUAAUUGGGGAUGAUACAGUAUUUGCUUUUGCUGAGACGGUAUGGAAUGUGCUUUUCAACUCGAGCUUAAAUGAGGUUGACUCGAUUAAUAUAUUCCCUCACUAUUUCUGCUUCUUAAAAUGGAUGGGGACAUUCAGUUCUUUUGCACUUUUUUUUUCUUAUAGCAUUCCUAUUUAUAUGGGACCUAAACGAUUAGAUUUUUGCGCCAAGCUACAAAAGACAGAAAAUAAACUAUGCUAUUACAUUUGCUUCUUAACUUAUGGAAAUCAUCUGGCAGAAAAAUGAUAUCUCAUUGCCCAUCUAUAAAAAGGAAAAAUAAUGUUAAAAAAAACCGGAAUCUGUAUUAAAUGUACAGUAUUAAAGGCAGUGUGUGGAUUUCA